CACAAAUUUUUGAUUUGGUUGUGUUUUAGUGAGACUCUUCCUACUAUAAGCUUGUCCGUUUUUGCUUUCCUCGCUCUUGUCUUUGUGCCAUCGCAAUCGUCACCUUCCAGCCACUUGGUAGACGUUGUUGUCGCCGUCUCCCUCCCCUCGACUCCUCCUUCUCAGAAGCCUUGCAAUCGCCAACGUGGCCUCUCAGAUUGCAGUUCGAAAAGGUUAUUAUCCUCUUUUGGGGAUUUGUGAUUCCUAGUUCGCUGAGUGCCAUUGAUCAUUGGUCGCCGGAGGUGAAGUUAUUGUUUAUGGAGCCAAAAAAUGAGCAGCCAAAUUCUUCAAAGAAAGCAAAGGAUCUGAAUAUUGAGGGAUACCCAGUUGGGGGUCUGUCCAUUGGAGGCCAUGAAACUUGCAUCAUAUUUCCCACUCUUAAAGUAGCUUUCGACAUCGGUCGCUGCCCACCUCGCGCCGUUUCCCAAGACUUUCUGUUGAUCUCCCAUGCGCACAUGGAUCACAUAGGAGGACUACCGAUGUAUGUUGCCACACGUGGCCUGUACCGUAUGAAGCCACCAACAAUUAUUGUACCAAUUUCAGUAAAAGAGGAUGUAGAGAAACUCUUUGAAGUCCAUAGGAAAAUGGACCAUUCAGAGCUCAAGCACAACUUGAUUGGGUUAGAUGUAGGAGAGGAGUUUUAUUUGAGAAAAGAUCUUAAAGUAAAAGCAUUUCGGACUUACCAUGUUAUAUCCAGCCAGGGUUAUAUACUGUACUAUGUAAGGCAGAAACUUAAACCAGAGUACAUUGGUCUUUCCGGAAAUGAAAUCAAGAAUUUGAAGUCUUCGGGUGUGGAGAUAACAUACACUUUGACAGAACCUGAGGUCGCAUUCACGGGAGACACCAUGUCAGAUUUCAUAGUUGAUGAAAGUAACACUGAUGUUUUGCGGGCUAGAAUUCUUGUCAUAGAGUGUACCUUCGUGAACAAUUCAAUCACUGUGGAGCAUGCCAAAGAUUAUGGACACACGCAUCUGUCUGAGAUAAUUGGUUAUGCCGAACGGUUUAAGAACAGAGCAAUCCUCUUGAUUCACUUUUCAGCACGUUACACCGUGGAGGAAAUUGAAGAAGCUGUAACUGGUUUGCCACCUCCUCUAGCUGGUCGAACUUUUGCACUUACCGAAGGUUUCUGACAAGAAGUUGGGAGUUUGGUUCAAGUAACCAAUGUGGCACAAGAUUGUUGUUUAGCCAUUAACUGCAUUGGAACCGUAGCGGAAAUUGCAACCUUUACUAUGUAUACCAUUUUAAUCCCAAUUUUCACAGCA